AUGGCUCCUAGACGCACGUUUACUGUUAAAGAAAAGGUGGAAAUCAUUUCAAAAUGGAAAAAUGGUGCAAACAAUGCUGAUUUGUGCAAAGAAUACAAAGUUUCGCAUUCAACAAUAUCUACGAUGUGGAAAAACCGUGAUAAAAUAUUAGAGUGCUUUGUGUCCAAAUCCUUAAAAAUUAAGAAAAACCGCAAGCCGACGCAUCGAGAUGUUGAAAAAGCUCUUCUAGUGUGGUUCAAAGCUCAAAGAAGCCAAAACGUACCUGUGAGCGGUCCUCUGCUGCAAGAAAAGGCUAAUUUUGCCAGACUGUUUGGAAAAAUAGAUUUUAAGUGUUCGGAAAGCUGGACGGCACGAUAUUGUAGUAGGCAAAGAGAAAAGUGCGUAGGUGGAAAAUUAUCAAAAGAUAGAAUCACCGUGCUUGUUGCAUCAAGCAUGGCAGGGGAAAAAAGAAAAUUAUUGGUCAUAGGCAAGGCGAAAAAGCCCUGGUGUUUCAAAAAUGUUAAAUUUUUACCGGUUGAUUACGAAGCAAAUAGAAAGGCCUGGAUGACUCCAGAUAUUUUCGAAAAAGUUCUACGAAAAUGGGACUCCCGGUUAAGAAAUAACAAAAAGAAGAUCAUUUUAUUUAUUGACAAUUGCCCAGCUCAUCCUAAAAUUGAAAAUUUGACCAACAUAAAACUGGCGUUUUUACCACCAAACACAACAUCAGUGAUUCAACCUAUUGAUCAAGGGAUAAUUAAAACUCUCAAAAGUCAUUAUCGGAAGAUUUUAGUACAGAAAAUGAUGAACGACAUUGAAAAAGCGGCAGGCUCAUUUUCCGUUAAUCUUUUAAAUGCUAUUGAGAUGACAACUACGGCAUGGGCUCGAGUGACUCCGGAAACGAUCAAAAAGUGUUUUCUACACGCUGGGUUCCGUAAAUCUUCGGUUAUCACAACAAUUGACGACGAUUCUGACGAUGAGUUGGACAUACCAUUGGCACAGCUGACAGCAUCGUCAAGCGGAACCUAUGUUCCGGAUUGGGAAACAUAUGUCAAUAUUGACAGUCAGCUUAUCACCACUAGCAAUUUGACUGAUAUUGAAAUUGUUGAAACUGUUGCUUCAUCACCUACGACGCAAGAUGAGGAAAAUGAGGAGGAAGAAGAAGAUGACAAGGAAGUUGCCUUCGAAUGA